CUUGCUGAGUCGCUUAUUUCACGCUUGCUUCCAGGCCAUGCCCUUCAAAUUACCCCCAGCUACUAAACCCGUGUUACGGGCCCAGCUGUCGUCCCGACCUGCCAACGGGCAUACAGCCUUCAUUCCGCAGGUCCGGAAACUGGUCUUCGAGUACUCUGAAAAAUGGCCCUCGUCCAGUAGGACACGCACGUAUUUGAACAACCACCUGGAGGAACUCGCUCGAACGAACCCCCAUGUGGAAGUUGUCGUACAACAGAAGAACCACAGAGAACCUAUUGUUCGUGGCUUCUACUUGAACGGUCGGGACAAAGUGAUUUCGCUCAAAGAGUUUGAAGUCACGCAGAUACAACAGAAGGUCCAGUUGCUGCUUGACUCAUCAGGAGCUAAGAUCAAGCCCCUGAAGAGGCGGAUUAUUGAGAGUUCAACGGAAUCAGCGAGAGGCAUCUGGAGCGGGCUGCAUGUCCCCGAACUAUACAAGAUAUAAUGGGUCGGAAGUCUCGGUUUUUCCAGGAAUGAGUCCCGUUGCCUAGGGUAUUAAGUAUAAUCACUUAAACCUAGGACGUGCAACAUCACUCCAUGAAUAUAAUUCAUCACAAAGUUACUGACAGGAGGAAGAUGAGCGGCAUAUCCGCGUCCACUUUGUAUAGAGCGCUUGCCAGUUCCUGGGGUCCGACGGGGAAUUGUAUGAUUCUCCACUUCCCGAC